ACGUUAUACCCUUGUCCUGCACAAUCACCGGAUAGCACAAGGCAAAUAUGUCCUGCAAUGAGAAAACAGCGCUGCUGGCAACGCAACAAGGACAUCAGCAGCGGCAGCAACAGCACAUCAUUGUCGUGCCGACGACGCGGAAGGAUCCAAAGGAUUAUGAGCCCAUUUUCACAACUGCUGAAUAUUCCUACGGUCUGUCGCUAGAGGAGUUGCUGCCCUUCGCUCUGGAUCCCUGGUGGCAGAGUGUGCGGCGCCUCAGCUGCGGGGUCCUGGGACUGGCCUUCCUGCUAACCCUGAUUGCCGGGCUUGUUAUGGCCUAUUCUGGCAGUGUCUGUCAGCCAAAUAGAGCAAUUAGCGGAAACGCCACCACGACGAUGGCCACGCCAUUAUCCUUGGUUUCCAACGGCUCGCAGCUGCUGAUGGCCAGUUUAUAACGGCCGCUGGGCAAUCUCAGUGACAUUUCGGAGAUGCUGCAAUCCCCCAUGUGGAAUUGCAUCAGCCGCAUCGGCACGCACUAUUUGCAUUUCUUUGGCUUGCCGGCAAUGGGUGCAUAUACUUUUCCUCCCCAGUUGCUAACUGAGCGAUAAGCGAUGCACCGCGGAACCGAUUGAUUGCGGGAGAAUUCAGCUGAUUAAUUUAAUUGUUUUUCGAAUAAAAAAUGUGGACACCUUUAGAAAUAUGUUAAUCA